GCAAUGGCGGCCAGCGGCAAGUCCUUCCUGGCGGACGCGGGCUAUGGCGAGCAGGAGCUGGACGCCAACUCCGCCCUCAUGGAACUGGACAAAGGCCUCAGGUCCGGCAAGCUCGGGGAGCAGUGCGAAGCCGUCGUUCGUUUUCCGAGGCUCUUCCAGAAAUACCCGUUCCCCAUUCUCAUCAACUCGGCGUUCCUAAAGCUGGCCGAUGUUUUCAGAGUGGGGAACAACUUCUUGAGGCUGUGUGUGCUGAAAGUUACUCAGCAGAGUGAGAAGCACUUGGAGAAGAUCCUGAAUGUGGAUGAAUUUGUCAAGAGAGUUUUCUCAGUGAUCCAUAGCAAUGAUCCGGUUGCUCGGGCCAUUACACUCCGGAUGUUGGGCAGCAUGGCAUCUAUCAUUCCAGAAAGGAAGAAUGCCCAUCACAGUAUUCGCCAGAGUUUGGAUUCCCAUGAUAAUGUAGAGGUUGAAGCUGCUAUAUUUGCUGCUGCCAACUUUUCUGCACAAUCUAAGGAUUUUGCUGUCGGAAUAUGUAACAAAAUCAGCGAGAUGAUUCAAGGUUUGGCCACACCUGUGGACCUAAAGCUGAAGUUGAUCCCUAUUCUGCAGCACAUGCACCACGAUGCCAGCCUGGCCUCCAGCUCCAGGCAGCUGCUGCAGCAGCUGGUGACAUCCUACCCCUCCACCAAGAUGGUCAUUGUCACCCUGCACACCUUCACUCUGCUUGCUGCUUCUUCUUUGGUUGACAUUCCCAAGCAGAUUCAACUUUUGUUGCAGUACUUGAAAAAUGACCCCAGGAAGGCUGUGAAGAGGCUUGCAAUCCAGGAUCUGAGGUUGUUGGCCAACAAGACACCACAUACAUGGAGCAGAGAAAAUAUUCAGGCACUCUGUGAAUCUGCUCUAAACACUCCUUAUGACAGCUUGAAAAUGGGCAUGUUAUCUGUUCUUUCCACGUUAUCAGGGACCAUUGCCAUUAAACAGUACUUCAGCAGUGCUCCAGGAGCAGCAGCUACAACUGCCAGGUCAUUUGAUUUGGUAAAACUAGCACAGGAGUGCUGUUACCAUAAUAACCGUGGCAUUGCAGCCCAUGGAGUGAGAAUUCUGACCAAUAUUUCAGCCUCUUGCCAGGAGAAAGAUCUUCUGCCUUUGGAGCAAGAUGCAGUUUUUGGCUUAGAAGCUCUACUUGUUCUCUGUAGUCAAGAUGACAGCCCAGGAGCUCAGGCAACCUUAAAGAUCACGCUGACCUGCAUGGUGAAGCUGGUGAAGUGCCGCCCCCACCUGAGCCAGUCCGUGGUGGAAUCCCUGCUGGCACAGCUGCACAGUGCCCAGGACAAUGCCAGGAUCCUCAUGUGCCACUGCCUGGCAGCCAUUGCCAUGCAGCUGCCUGUCCUGGCAGAUGGCAUGCUGGGAGACCUCAUGGACCUCUAUAAAUUGAUUGGACAAUCUGCCACAGAUAAAAAGCAGGAACUCUUGGUUUCUCUUGCCACAGUGAUAUUUGUUUCCAGUCAGAAAGCUUUGUCCACAGAAAUCAAAACUGUUAUCAAACAGCAGCUUGAGAAUGCCUCCAAUGGAUGGACAGCCUACAGGAUAGCCAGGCAAGCUUCCAGGAUGGGCAACCACGACAUGGCCAGAGAGCUGUACCAGAGCCUGCUGACCCAGGUGGCCUCAGAGCACUUCUACUUCUGGCUGAACAGCCUGAAGGAGUUCUCCCAGGCCGAGCAGUGCCUGGCAGGGCUGCAGGAGGAGAGCUCCAGCUCCGCGCUCUCCUGCAUCGCCGAGGCCCUCAAGUCCUACCACAAAGGGAUCGCCUCGCUCACGGCUGCUAGUACACCACUUAAUCCUCUGAGCUUUCAGUGUGGAUUUGUGAAACUCAGGAUUGACCUUCUGCAAGCUUUUUCUCAACUUAUUUGUACCUGCAACAGCCUAAAAACGAGUCCACCCCCAGCUAUUGCCACAACCAUUGCUAUGACAUCAGGAAAUGAUCUCCAGAGGUGUGGCCGCAUCUCCAAUCAGAUGAAACACUCAAUGGAGGAAUUCCGAAACUUGGCUACACGAUAUGGAGAUCUCUAUCAGUCAUCUUUUGAUGCCGAUUCAGCAACUCUAAGGAAUGUAGAACUACAACAGCAGAGCUGCCUGUUGAUUUCACAUGCAAUAGAAGCUCUGAUUCUGGACCCAGAAUCUGCAAGUUUCCAGGAAUAUAGCUCAAAUGGAACAGCUCAUGUUGAAAGUGAAUACGAAAGAAGAAUGAUGUCUGUAUUUAAUCAUGUGCUAGAGGAAGUGGAAUCCCUCAACAGGAAGUAUGCUCCUGUGUCUUACUUGCACACAGCUUGUUUGUGCAAUGCUGUCAUUGCCUUGUUGAAGGUGCCCCUUUCAUUUCAAAGGUACUUUUUCCAAAAGCUGCAGUCUACAAGUAUUAAGCUUGCUCUGUCCCCAUCUCCAAGGAACCCAGCAGAGCCUAUAGCAGUACAGAACAACCAGCAGCUGGCCCUCAAGGUGGAGGGAGUGGUUCAGCACGGAUCCAAACCAGGCCUUUUCCGUAAAAUCCAGUCUGUCUGUCUCAAUGUCUCUUCAGUGCUGCAGAGCAAAUCUGGACAGGACUAUAAGAUUCCUCUUGACAGCAUGACCAAUGAAAUGGAGCAGAGGGUGGAACCGCACAACGACUACUUCAGCACCCAGUUCCUGCUCAACUUUGUCAUCCUUGGCACCCACAACAUCACCGUGGAGUCCUCUGUGAUAGACUCAAACGGCAUUGUCUGGAAAACUGGGCCUAAAACAACGAUUUUUGUCAAGUCUCUGGAGGAUCCCUACUCGCAGCAGGUUCGCCUGCAGCAGCAGCAGCAGCAGGGCCCGGCCCCAGCGCAGCAGCAGCAGCAGAGAACGGCGUACUCGCGCUUCUGAGUGCACAGCCUGCUCUGCUGGGGC